CUCGAGGUUGUUGGCGUGAGUUUGCGUUCUGCGACGUUUCUACAUAGCGGACAAUCUUCUCGCGGAUUGUUGUACAAAUUUUCACGGAAAACAUCGAAGUUGCAUCACAGACUAAUUUUAGAAGACACUAGUGUGUAAAAUUAGACCCACUGUGAGUCGUAUUGUGUUUCUAGUAGUCGGUAUCUAGUGACUUGGUUUGGUUUUUGUUUUGUGUGUGAGUGCAGCCAUUGAGGAUUGGGGAUAUUGUUGCAUGCCAACCCUCUCAGUCGCUACCGCCUCCAAUACAGCAACAGCCAUUCCCAAACGAGUCCCGGAAAAUGACCAAAACAUAAAGAAACUAACGUGAUCGAGACCGUCCAGAAAACACGAUGCUGUCGGCGGGGCUAGGAUACGGGGGUGGCCAGAGCACCGUCUCCGUAACAAACGCCACGCCCCCUUACAGCCCUCCGCCGCCGACGAGGCACAGCCCGCUACCCAGUUUUGGAUUCACCCAGGAACAAGUCGCCUGCGUUUGUGAGGUACUCCAACAAGCGGGCAACGUAGAAAGAUUAGGUAGAUUUUUAUGGUCGUUACCAGCAUGUGAUAAACUGCAUAACAACGAAUCUGUUCUCAAAGCAAAAGCGAUAGUAGCGUUCCAUAGGGGAAAUUUCAAAGAAUUAUAUAGGAUACUGGAAAGUCACACGUUUAGUCCCCACAACCACGCCAAAUUGCAGGCCCUGUGGCUCAAGGCACAUUAUAUAGAAGCAGAGAGAUUGAGAGGUAGGCCGUUAGGAGCAGUAGGAAAAUACCGCGUGAGGCGGAAAUUCCCCCUUCCAAGGACCAUAUGGGACGGAGAAGAGACUAGUUAUUGUUUCAAAGAAAAAUCUAGGAGUGUUUUAAGAGACUGGUAUUCCCACAACCCCUAUCCCAGCCCGAGGGAGAAACGAGAAUUGGCCGAAGCGACGGGGUUGACGACUACGCAGGUUUCCAACUGGUUCAAGAACAGAAGGCAGAGGGACAGGGCUGCAGAGCACAAAGACAGUAGCCAGACGAGUUCCGAAAAACCCCAUCUUGAUUCCAGUGGCUCCGAUAGCGAAGCCGAAGCACACAAGAUGUCCACGUAUACCCCCAGCGGAGUGAUUCAAACCCAAAUCAAUCCCUACCAAACCAUGGCCGCUCCUGCCCCAUACCCAUGCCAGCCAAUGUAUCAAACUCCUCCAGAAAUUCUGCACGACUACCAGACGUUGUGACAGUGGUUGACAGUUCCUCAGGAUCAUACUGCCGCUGGCAAUUUGUAAAUAGCUGAAGUUCAGUCAGAUCAAAUAUCAAAUGUUUGAUCUGAAAUUAUUGAAGAGGCUGAUGAAUUAAAAUAAACGUUAGCAAUCAAGAGUAUGUACGAUGUUUCCGAAUCUGAGAAGGGAAAUUAGAUUCAGUAAUGUUAUUCCUACUGACUGGGAUCUAAAAAACAAUGUGUUCGUUACAAAUAAUUUGAAGGUUGACUCAUUCAAAAUGAAUACCACUUAUGAAUAAUGGAAAACCAUAUUGCUGGUACAAUUGUAAACAACGUCUGCAUUGGCUACCAGUACUGAAUGUAAUGUAUCAAAAUUGU